CGGAGCAGUACAGUCACUGGGGGGGGACCAAGAAAGAUGGCGGACUCGAGGUCGGCCGCUGCUGGCGGUGGUGCGGUCUUGUCGAUCGCGCAAGCUCCUCGGCUCUCGCAUCCCCGUCGUUGUCGCGCCCCGAGUGUCGGUGCUGCCACUGCUGCUGCUUACAUUGGCGCGCCGGGACGCUGGCCCCUCUAGGCGCCUGCCCCGAGCUUCCGAAAGCUCCCCCAGUGUUGCGCGCUUACUAUUUUUUUUUUUCCUCGUUGUGUUUUUUUUUUUUUUUUUUUUUUCUUUCUUUCGUUUUUCUUUUUUCCUUCCUUUCUUUCCUUCCUUUCUUUUUUGUUACCCUCUGUCGUCUCGUCCGAUCACCGCGUGUACGCAAGUGAAAGAGACUGCUUCGCGAAGAGAUAUUAAUAAGAAGCGCGUGCAGUGGUCGCGCGCGCAGGGUGAAUACCGUGCGGUGCACGCGUGUGGAAAGGCCGGCGCGGGGGAGGGAGGAGGAGGAGUGUGCGGGAAAUAAAGGGAGCAGCGGAGUAAAAGGCAGUAUACCGUAGUGCAACAGCCCCGUUCGGGGCAUCGCCGACCGGGGAAUAAUCAUAUACCCGUCAGUGUCCCUCUGUGUCCCUCCCCAUCUCUGUGCGCGUGUGUGUCCCUCUGUGUGUCAGUGUGUCGGCAUACAUAACUCCCGAGGCCGCUUGCACACGGGAAGCGAGGAAUAAGGAAGAAGCACCCGAGCCACGGGAUUGAUUUCGGGGGAUCAUGCGUUGAGGAGGUGGAGGCCGAUGUCGGCCCUCGGCGAGCUUGCGGGAGCUCGGCGCUCUUGGACCCCGCUGGCCCGGCCCUCCCCCCUUCUGCUCGAGCCCCGGGCACGGAAUCGUCACAACAACGCGAGAUGAGUUUGCGGGUGGACCGAGCACAGAAGCAGCAGCACCACCAGCGACAACCGCGUAGUUUUGGCAGCUAUCGCGACAACCGUCCCCAAAAAAGUAUCUCAAAGUUGGCGGCGAGCUUAUUUUUCACUCGUACUCUGUUUUGAGAAGAAAGUCAACGACAAAUCAAACACGCUUAUUUGAAAGAGCAGGGGACCCCUAUAUCUUUCUUCCAACUACUCCCUCGUCUCCCCAACACCCUCUUCUUCCUCAGCUUCCAUCGAUAGCAACUCACUCUCCUGCGCUAGGAGCAAACCUCGAUCUUCCUCGUACAGCUUCCUCUCAAGUAUAAUCCAGCCAAGUUUGGACCGUGUCGUUGAUUAGUUGACGCAAGAGUGGGAAAGAGCCAAAAAAUGGCCACAAUGCCCGAGGUCGGCUACACGUCGGUGAAGGACUUUUACCGGGACCGGUCGAUUUUCAUCACCGGUGGCACCGGCUUCAUGGGCAAGGUUCUCGUCGAGAAGCUGCUCAGGUCUUGCCCCGGCAUCAAGAACAUCUAUCUCCUCAUGAGGCCCAAGAGGGGACAGGAUGUGCAGAAAAGGCUGCAGGAAUUACUCAAUGCUCCGUUGUUCGACAAGCUACGCCAAGACUGCCCACACGAGCUACUGAAGAUAGUGCCAGUGGCCGGGGACGUGACGGAACCGGAACUAGGUAUUUCGGAGUCCGAUCAGGAACUGCUGAUCCGCUGCGUCUCGGUGGUUUUUCACUCAGCUGCGACUGUCAAGUUUGACGAGGCACUCAAGCUCUCCGUCACCAUCAACAUGCUUGGCACGAAGCGCCUUGUUCAGCUCUGCCAUCGAAUGCACAAUCUUGAGGCCCUAAUACACGUGUCGACGGCGUACUGCAAUUGCGAUCGAAAAGACGUCGAGGAGGCGAUUUACCCGGCACCCCACGAUCCCGAACAAAUAAUCUCGUGCACGAACUGGAUGGACGACCAGCUGGUCGAGGAGCUCACGCCCAAACUGAUAGCCGGUAGGCCCAAUACUUACACCUUCACCAAAGCCCUAGCGGAGAGUAUGUUGCUGCGCGAGAGCGGUAGCUUGCCCGUUGCCAUCGUCAGGCCGUCCAUUGUUCUGUCCUCCUUCCGGGAACCCGUCGCCGGUUGGGUUGAUAACUGGAACGGACCCACCGGCAUCAUAGCUGCCGCCGGCAAGGGCUUUUUCAGGACGAUGCUGUGCCACGAGGACAAGGUUGCCGAUCUGGUGCCGGUCGACAUAGUGAUCAACCUGAUGAUCGCCGCAGCGUGGCGAACAGCGAUACACCGCACGGACUCGAUAGUCGUGUACAAUUGCAGCACGGGCCAACAAAAUCCCAUAACCUGGAAGCACUUUGUCGAGCUUGCCUUCAAGUACAGCCGCUUGCACCCGACGAGUGGAGCGGUGUGGUACCCUGGUGGCAGGUGCCGCAACUCGCGCCACAUGAACCGGAUCUGCGUGGCCAUCCAGCACCUCGUGCCGGCCUAUGCGCUCGAUCUACUGUCGAACUUGCGUGGCGGCAAGCCCAUGAUGGUCCGCGUCCAGGCGAAGCUCGACAAGGCUGCCAAGUGCCUCGAGUACUUCAGUACACAGCAGUGGAACUUCAAGGACGAGAACGUCAAGCAGCUCAGCCAGCAGCUCAGUCCCGAAGACAGGCAGACCUUUCUCUUCGAUGUCAAGCAGAUCGAUUGGCCGUCCUACCUUGAGAACUACAUCCUUGGCAUCAGGCACUUUAUACUCAAGGAGAGCCCAGAGUCUUUGCCCGCUGCUCGUUCACACAUAACGAGAUUGUACUGGCUGCACAAAGCGUUGCAGAUAGCAUCGGUGCUACUCGCGGUGCGGCUCCUUUUGUCGCACAGCACUUGGGCUCGCGGCGCUUGGUUUUCGCUCCUCUCGUUUGUUCUGCGCAUGUGCCGCAUGAUUGUCUGACGACUCAGCUGCAGCAGCUCAGAAGACGAUAGCACCAGCUCGCGUAGAAGCUCGAUCGCAAAUAAUCAUCAGCAGCAGAAAAAUAGGAUGCUCAAAAAAACAACCACCACCACCACCACCAUCACCACAAUAACCACGAUUGCCAUCACUACCAGCGUAAGGAUAAACCUAAGACUCGUCCUGUGCGCCCAGGCGACCUGAGAGAGCUUUUGCUCGACGUAGAUCCAGGCCGCUUGCUCGCUCACCACUCGCUCUCUGUCUCGGAGACUCGCUGUGCUCGCUGCGCCAACAUACCCUAAUGAUCGGAUCGGUAUGUCUAGCUGUUUGUAUGUGUGUGUGCCUCUAUGUGCGUGUCGGUCGGCGGCUCAGCCCCAGCAGCCAAUGAACCCAUCACGCAACUGGAACCCCACGACCCAUACGGUAACCCUCAACCCCGAGUGUGCUAAUCCUACAUAUAAUAUACAAUAACUAAAACAUAGAGUUCAAGAGGAUAAUGAGUAAUUAACAUAUAUGAUUAAAUAAAUAAAGAUGACAAAAGUAACAUAAAAAAAAAAA